ACUUGAUAAAGUCAAUUCAACCACAAACAUUCAAUUGACUCUGUUAUAUCAAGAUGUUUGCACGCCAGGCCUUCAGGGCCGCUCAGCAGCCGCUAAAAUCACAAUACCGUCGUUAUGCCACCGAGCCGGCGCCAGGCGGUUCCUCGAACAUCCUGGUCUAUGCUGCCGUCGCAGCCGCAGCCGCUGGUGGAAGCUACUUCUAUUUCAACCAAAAGGGAAGCACAGACAAGAUCAAGGAGGGCUUACAGAAGGCCGAGGAGAAGGUCAGAGGACCAGCCAAGGACGCCCUGACUGGUGGUGACCAAGGAUGGGUCAGCUUGAGGCUGGCAAAGGUCGAGAACGUCAACCACAACACGAAGAAGUUCUUUUUCGAUCUGCCUGAUGAGGACGAUGUCAGCGGCUUAAAGGUGGCAUCUGCCAUCUUGACCAAGUAUAAGGGACCAGAGAUGGAGAAGCCGGUCAUCCGCCCAUACACUCCAGUUAGCGACGAAGAUGAGAGGGGCCACUUCACCCUCUUGGUUAAGAAAUACGCCAAUGGACCAAUGUCCACCCACCUACACGACAUGAAGCCCGACCAGCGUCUUGACGUCAAGGGCCCAAUCCCAAAGUACCCCUGGACCGCCAACAAGCAUGACCACAUCGCGCUUGUAGCCGGAGGAACUGGUAUCACCCCCAUGUACCAACUUACCCGCGCCAUCUUCAACAACCCCGAGGACAAGACCAAGGUGACCCUCGUCUACGGUAACGUGACCGAGGAUGACAUCCUGCUCAAGCGCGAGCUCGAGGACCUCGAGAACACCUACCCCCAACGUCUCCGCGUCUUCUACACCCUUGACAACCCCCCCAAGGAUGCACCCAACUUCCAGAAGGGAUUCAUCACCAAGGAGCUCCUGAAGACCGUGCUCCCAGAGCCAAAGUCCGAGAACAUCAAGGUCUUUGUCUGUGGACCACCGGGCAUGUACAAGGCUAUUUCGGGCGACAAGAAGAGCCCGAGGGACCAAGGAGAGUUGACUGGUAUUCUGAGCGAAUUGGGAUACAGCAAGGACCAGGUUUACAAGUUCUAAAUCCAGAAUAAAGCAGGCUAGACUGAGACACGCAUAUGCGCUGCAUGGAAUGAUAGAUAGUAUGUACGUUUACUAGCGAUGGUAUACACCAUUCUGCAAUUAGAUGCAUUAUUGUACUUGUCCACCACCUGCCUCUCUCAAUGUUGCUGAGCAAUAACAUGAUCUGCGGUACUGUGGUCUGAUGAGAGCACCUGGAGUGCUGAAGUUCGCUGUGCCAGGCUGCCAGCGAAUACAUAUCUCUAUCAAUCAAUCUGUCAAGUCCUCAUCCAUGCAUACGACCUCACCAGAUCAAAGGCGAAACGGGGUUCAAUACACGGUGGGAGUUCCCCCGAGUUACUAAUCCAUUGGUUUAAAAGCUACAAUACAUAUAACAGCUAAUAUCAUAAAUGGGCCUCUUUUUAAUUCAAAUAUCAUAAGUAGGCCUCUUUUUAAUAUACUAUCAGGAAUGGGCCUCUUUUUUUCUUAUCGCUCACUGCCUAUAUCAUAUUACGCGAGUAAAAACUCUAACUGCCUCUAUUUACAUUUUAUAUUUAAGUAUUCCUAGC